ACUAAUUAAUUCAUCUUCCAAAUUUUUGGGAUAAGCUUUUAGUAUUGAAAGAAAAAUGGCAUAUUUGAAUUUGGAAGGAGACGAAAAGAAAGAAGUGAUUCGAAUAGAACGUGAAUCCGUCAUUCCAAUUUUAAAAUCUAAGCUCGUCAUGGUUUUGACUGAUCUUAUUAAUCAUAGUUCUGAUCAAGCAGAGUUUAAGAAACUUUGCAAGAGAAUAGAGUAUACAAUUCGAGCUUGGUACCUUCUACAAUUUGAGGAUAUGAUGCAAUUAUACUCUCUCUUUGAUCCUAUAUCUGGGUCCAAAAAAUUGGAACAACAAGGAUUAACUUCUGAAAAAACUGACGAAUUUGAACAAAAUUUCUUGACUCACCUUUUUCAGGUAAUGAAAAAAAGCAACUUCAAGAUUGCAACUGAUGAUGAAAUCAAUGUUGCACUUUCUGGACAAUAUCUUCUAAAUCUUCCCAUCAUUGUUGAUGAAUUUAAGCUUGACAAUAUACUUUUGAAAAAAUAUUUUGAUGCACAUCCUUAUAAUAACCUUCCGGAUUUCUAUGAUAAGUAUAUCAUAUUUCGACGUGGCAUUGGAAUUGAUCAAACGAGUGAUUACUUUAUAAUGGAGAAAGUGGAUAUGCUCAUUGCACGUUUCUGGUCCUAUCUAUUAACAACACUAAGGUUGGAAAAACUUUUUUUGAAAAGAGUACAAAGACAUUCAAAGAAGGAUAUUGAUGAUUCAGAAAAUUAUGAAGAUGAUGUAUAUGAAAGGAUACGUCUUGAAAAUAUGCCAUUGAGUUUUAAUAAUUUGUUAAGCAAGACCACAAUCCAAGAACCUACAUUUGAUAGGAUGAUUGUUGUUUACAGGAAAGCCAGUUCCAAUUCAAAACAAGAAAGAGGAAUUUUUGUGAAGCAUUUCAAAAACAUCCCAAUGGCUGAUAUGGAAAUAGUUCUUCCAGAAAAGAAAAAUCCUGGAUUGACUCCAAUGGAUUGGGUCAAAUUUCUUGUAUCUGCUAUUGUUGGGUUGGUUGCUGUUGUUAGUUCCCUUCGAGCGGCUACAACUGAUUCUAGAGUUAUCGGUGCUCUUCUAUCGACCGUUGUUGGUUAUUUUAUUAAAACAUACUUCACGUUUCAAAAAAACUUGGCUGCAUAUCAAAAUAUGAUUACAAACGCAAUGUAUGAAAAACAACUAGACAGUGGAAAGGGAACACUUCUCCAUUUAUGUGAUGAUGUCAUUCAACAAGAAGUGAAAGAGGUAAUAAUUUCAUUCUAUAUUUUGAUGGUACAGGGAAAAGCUACAAGCCAUGAACUGGAUCAAAGGUGUGAAAAACUAAUCAAAGAAGAGUUCAACGAGACUUGUAAUUUUGAAGUAGAUGAUGCGAUUCAUAAACUAGAGAAGUUAGGAAUUGUCACUAAGGAUCCCAUUGGAAAGUAUCAAUUUGUUGGAUUGAAACGGGCAAAUGAGAUAAUUGGUCCCACCACUGAAGAACUUGUAAUUAAGGCAAAAAAAGGAAACAUAUCUCCUUGAUUGUGUUUUAUAUUGUAAUUGUAUUGUGAAUAUGCAUAUUCAUAAUUUCAUAAAAUGAGAAAUGCAAAAUAUUAUGAUGAAAUUUAGCAAUGAAACCUAAUAAAUAAGAAAUAUAACGUAUGCUAUUUUAAUUGA